ACACACUAGAUAUAGUUAAAGAAACCGCACCGGAAGUGACGUGUGCUACAGCCCUGAGCGGGUGGUUCAAUUUUUAAAGUAAGAUGGCGGUACAGUUGCAGCUCUCAGCGAAGUGUUAAAUGAAGUUAGUUACAGCAGGGCAGGUGAUGAGACGGUCAUGGCUGAUGGAGAGCUUAGUUUGAUUGAUAAAGACAUUUCAAGUUUAUUAGAGGUUCCACUGAAGCCCACUAUCACAUCUUUAAACCUUCACUGUAAUCGACUGUCAAAGAUUGAAGGGUUGACGACAGCAUGGCAUAUACGACAUCUGGACCUUUCUUCAAAUCACAUCGCACGUAUCGAGGGUCUUGGUGCCCUUUCUUCAUUGCGGACCUUGAACCUGUCUUGCAACAGCAUCACCAAGGUGGAAGGUCUUAAUGGACUUGUAAACCUUACAAGGCUUAACUUGGCUUAUAAUCAAAUAAAUGACCUCACUGGGCUCUUAUAUCUGCAUGGGACUGAAUACAAAUUGAAACACCUCCAGCUUCAUAGCAAUCGACUGGACAACAUGAACCAUCUGCUGCAAUGCAUGGUGGGACUGCACAAUCUGAGAGAUGUCACCCUCAGUAUGGACGGUGCCGAUAAUCCUGUCUGCCGUCUGCCAGGCUACAGGGAUAAGGUGCUGCAGCCCCUGCAACAAAUCUCUACUCUGGAUGGAGAAGACAGGUUGGGAAAAGCCACUGCACCAGGGGAUGAGAGCCCAAUGGACAUCCCAGGCCUGGAGGACUUUCUGGAGUUUCUGAUUUCAACAGACACUAGCGUCAGUGUCGAGCCGACAGAUGCUCCUCUCCCCACUCCCCGGAUUGACGAGGUUCUGACACAGUUUCGGCAUCGCAAUAGAGUUUUAAACACGCCUGCUGCAACACCAGUGCAGGAGUGCUCAAUUAGAGGAGAUUCAGCCACAGGGAACCAGAUAAAUGAGCUCCGUAUUAAAAAGUUGGAGCAGCAGGUGUCCCAACUCUUCCAGAAGGCUCCGGUUGCUGAUGGCCCUAAAGCGAGCUCUGCACUGCAGUCUGUGGUACGGAAGGCAAAAAGGGACACAGAUCUCACAUCAGAGAGUGAAUAUGACAGUGCAAAAGAGAAUCUGCAGCACUCAAGAGUCCGACGACCCAAAAUCACAACAGCUAAGAAGCUGGUAAAAGGCAAACACUCUGACAGUGAAGCAAGCGCACAAAAGCACAGGAGUUUAAAGCUUACCGCUGGCUCUGGGCAGAAGGCAGCAGUCCAAACUGUGAGGGUGACAGAAACAACAAAGAAAGGCCUCAGAACAUGCCAGGCCACUCCAGACAAAAACUCCAAUCACACACAGCAGGAGACCUACAGGGUGAUAGUGGAGGAGCGGGAUCAGGAGCGGGAACGGCGCUGGAAGGCAGAGCAGGCUGUGAAGAAGCUUACAGAGCAGGUGAAGGAGCUGCAAACAUGGACCACAGAGGAGAAAGAACUCCAGAGUCUGGCCUUGCACACAACUGAUAGGCUGAAGGAGUUGUUGAUGAAGGAGCGCUCAGAGCGGACGGCACUACAGGCUCGAGUGGAGGAGCUGGAGGAACGGUGUGCAAAUGCAGCACAACAGCUGGAGCAGCAGCGCAGCCAUGAGGCACAAUACAAGGAUGCACUGCACAGUUUGCAGGAGGGUGUUUCACAACAAGAGGCCCUCAGGGCCAGGCAGCAGGUGGAGGAGAUGAAGACAAAGCAAGAGCUGGAGAACAAAUGCGCUGUUCUAAAGAGAGAGGUGGAAAUACUCAGAGCAUCUGUGCGGCAGCAUAAAGAUAAGCUACAGCAACUGCAAGAGCUGCUGACCUCCAGAGAGGAAGCGCACAGGAAGGAGCUGGCUUCACGGCUCAUUCCAGGUGGUGCUGAGUUUCGUGAAGCUGUGGCGAAGGAAGUGGGGGCUGUGGAGCAGAGACACACUCAGAGACACAGUGAGAUGGAGCAGAAACUGGUUGAUGCCCGGCAACAGUAUGCCACCUUGGAGGAUGAGUUCCGCAUGGCUCUCACCAUCGAAGCCAAUCGCUUCUCUGAGGUGAAAGAGGGCUUUGAGCAGGUGUCUGCUGAGCUUUCCGAGGUGAAGGUAGCUUUGACUGCGUCUCAACAGAGAGAGAAGCAGUCACGCUCUCUGGUGCAGGAGCUCACAGCUAUGGUGAAGGAGCAGAAAACUCGCAUAGCUGACCUCAUCAAAUCCAAACGUGAUGCUGUAACAGAAUUAAAAGCACGAGUGCGGACUCUGGAGGCAGGAGCAGAGGAGGACAGGCGUCUAAGUGUGCAACUCGAACUUCUGAAGAAGGACAAAUCCAAGCUGCUUUCUCAGCUCAGUGCACAGGAGACUGUGAUAGAAGGACUCCGAGCGGAGAGAAGGCUCUGGGGGCAGGAGCUCGCCCAGCAAGGAGCGUCUCUUGCACAGGAUCGAGGUCGCUUGGAGGCCAAAAUUGAGGUCCUGACUACUGAGCUGGAGUCCCAGAAGAAACAGAAUCAGAGAGACAACGACUCACUAAAGAUCAAAACGAAGAUAGUGGAUGAUCAAACAGAGACAAUCCGGAAGCUAAAAGAGGCAGUGCAGGAAAGGGAUGAGCAGCUACGUGCUCUGCGCGAGGAGAACCUGCAGAUUCAGAGAAAGUUCCAGAAGGAGCUGGAGGGUGAGAUGUCCUCAGCAGCAGAGCUCCGAGAUGCCGUGGACAAACUCAGCCUCAGAAAAGAUGAGCUCAAGCAACAGCUCCUUGACAAGGAGGCUGAGAUUGAUGAGCUCAAAGACGCUUACAGUGCCUCGAGUCGCAAAUGGCAGGAUAAAGCGGACCUGCUGACCAAACUGGAGUGCCAGGUGAAGCGUAUGAAGGAGGGAUUCGAUGCUAAAGAGAAAGCGCUACUGGAAGAAAGGGAUAAAACUGCCCGAGCACACAAGGCAGCGGUUGAGAAGCUUCACUGUGUGGACGACGCUUUCCGUAGACAGCUGGAGUCCCUGCAGGCUUCCCAUCAGGCUGAGCUGCUCCGAUUGGCUAAUGACAAACAGAAACAAAUAGAACAGGCCAAUCAGAGGGUGCUUCAGGUGGAGGAUGAGAUGAGGCAGCUCCUGGAGGAAACCGAGAGCAACAAAAUGGCAGUGGAGGAGAAAAUGAGACGCCUCACCAAUGUGCUUAAAGAAUUCUAACCACAUAACUCUGUUUUUAAAAUAACAUCGUAAAAUAUACAACAGGACCACUAUUGUCUGUUAGAUAUCUGAAAUACACUCUUUUAGAAAAAGGGGUACUAAACUGUACUUUUCCUUGGCACUGAGGUAGUAUUCACAAGGGAGCACCUUUUGUACCUUUUUGCACUUUUAUAUGUAUCUUAGUUUAUCUUUUUAGCUCAUUAUGGUCCAUUUAUAUACAUUAAAUCAUUUUAAAGGUACACUAUAUCCGUGUUUCCAGAGGAAAGAAUUAUAUUAAAUUCAAGAGAUAUACCCUUGAUUGAGGAUACCACCCGAGCAACGAAAAAGUAGUUUAAUACUAUAUAUUUUUUUCUGUCUGUGGUGUUUUCUCUGCACAUAUUGUUUGUUUUCAGUUCUGCAAAUUGUUUAACUUGUAGCAAUAGUGUUUUGACUGAGCUUACAUCCAAAUCUUGUAUAAUUUUUUACAAUAUUUAUUAGAUUGUAAUUUAUAUCGUGAGAUGUUGAUGUUCAGCUGAUAAUAAAAUAGCUCUCCAAGUGGCUUCUUCUCUUGAAAGCCUGAAGGGCUAUGGUUUUGUGUGUGUGUGUGUGUGUGUGUGUGUGUUUUCCCCCUCAGGUCCUCUUUAAGAGGUGAUAAAAC